GGGCAGUACUUUUCCGCGUAAUUCGGCCCUCGUGUAAUACAUUUUCUCCGGCACGAAUGGCGAGGGCUACAUUCCACCAACGUGGGAACGAGUUUUGAGACAGAGGCGGCGUCGUCUGCUCGCGCUCGGACGUCGUCUGCUGCCCUGCCCAGCGCCAACUCUACCCUCAGCGCACCUUGGCGGAGCGGCGCUGUGAUGAGCUACAACAUAGAGGAGUCGUGGGUCCUCACUGGAUCGUGUUACGAAGGGAUGACCGAAGUGUCGUCACCCAGCCACAGUGCGGACUCUGGACGCGAGUUUGAAGAGGACCUGCGCAAGGCUCUGGACGACGCGCCUCCACUAAACGAGAGUAGAGACGUGGUUCACUCUGGAGGCGCAAUGCCUCACCCAGAAGGUCACCGGCCUGCCGGUCAACAGCAGCGAAGUAAUGUGCCGCCGAGUUCAUUCGGUUCACCCUGGGCUGCUCAGCCACCUGUGAAAAAUGAGGCUUGUGGAUUCCUGCUUGGGUGUGGACUCCCUGCAGUGAGACACGCGACCACAAGUGUACCACUCACGACACCAAGUCCAGUGCAGAAUGGCAGCGACCCCCGAGUGACCAAGGCUGGCCACUCCAAGAUUGACUACCUCCGCCAAUGGAGUGUCUCCACUUACAAGUGCACAAGGCAGAUGCUCUCAGAGAAGCUAGGGAAGGGCACAAGGACGGUGGACACCGAGCUGGAAGCUCAGAUUGACCAGUUGCGAGACACGCAGGCGAAGUACUUGCACGUACUGCGCCUGGCGCGUGCCCUCGCCUCGCAUUUCCACCAGGUGGUUCAUACUCAGGGCUGCCUGGCAGAAGCAUUCCAGGAGCUUGCACACCGCAGCCCACCACUGCAGGAUGAGUUCCGGUACAAUGCCGAGGCGCAGCGGUCACUGAGCAAGAAUGGCGAGACGCUGCUCGGGGCGCUCAACUUCUUUGUCUCCUCCCUGGCCACCCUUUGCCACAAGACCAUCGAUGACACGCUCCUAACGGUGCGACUGUACGAGAGUGCACGUUUGGAGUACGACGCCUACCGCACAGACCUCGAGGAGCUCACCCAGGGCACACAGGGCACCGCCAUCUCCUCCAAGAUGGACGAGGCCCAGCGCAACUUCGCCAUCCACCGAGACAAGUACGAGAAGCUCAAGGCUGACGUCACAAUCAAGAUGAAGUUUCUUGAAGAGAACAAGGUGAAGGUGAUGCACAAGCAGCUGCUGCUGUUCCACAAUGCGGUGUCAUCUUACUUUUCGGGCAACCAGGCCUCGCUCGAGGCCACCCUCAAGCAGUUCAACAUCAAGGUGAAGAACCCAAACUCCAACUCCCCGUCCUGGCUGGAGCAGUGAGGCUCGCGACAGCUUGGGCCUAGCUUCCAGCGUUGGCCUCUCUUCUCUCUCUUUCUCACUCAGCCUGUCUUUGGGACGAUUGUACCAGCGAUCAUUCUGCCAGGAGGGAAUGGGUACAAGAUGAGGCGACACACCGUGCUUUGAUGCUGGCCUUGCAGGGGUGUUCGGAUUAUUUUUUUUUCCCUCUUGCUCUCUCUCUGUCUCCCUUAGUUUCAAAGGCCAGUGCUGUGUUGCAUGUGUCUACACUGUCAGGCAGACAUAUUUUUGGAAGGUGCAUGACCGAGCAAGUCGGGAGAGCAGGUGCAGUAUACUGUGCAGCUACUGGAGCUGUUGCGCAGCUGUUUCUGUUUUGGAAGUCUUGGGUGUGCCAGGUGCACACACACACCGUUUCCUAUAUGCUUUCAUUAAUGAUCUUGACCACUUCAGGAUCCUUUGGGCUGCUCUUUAUCUUUUUUUUGUUGUGUAGUAAGGAAAAUGCUGUGCUUUUGUACCACUGCAUUGAUGUCCGGUAUGACAACAGAUUUUUAAUUGCCACAGUUUCUAGUAUCUAAAUGCUAGGAAUGUUACAGGGCACUGAGUCAUGGCAUGGUCACGAGAUGGCAGUCGUCAACACCAUAUUUAGUGGAAGUCACAAGACAGGAUAUGUGUGUAUCCUGGUCACUUGUAAAUGAACGGCAGGGCCCUGCACAAACAUGUUGCAGGUACAGCAUCUGUUGUUUGUUUUGAUGUAGCAGUGCAUGAUUGGUAGCCCCAUGUUUGAUAUUCAGUGCAUUCGGUAUGGUACCAGCCAUGUGGCUUCACAGUUCUUUAAAAUGUGAACUUUGCUUUUUUUGUUGAGUUAGUCUUACUCAGUACUGUCUCAUUCGCUGCGAAUGCCCAGUAGCGCCAUCACGGUUUCCUCUGUGCUUUGUUUUCGUUUUGCAGCAAUGGUGGCGUGGUGUGUAGCCAUCUGGUUUGCGCUGCACGGCUGCGGUGUUUCUUGCCUGAGGUUGUGACCGAAACUGUUGUGUGAUGUUCAUGGCGCCCAAUGCCACGAUUUCCGCUUGUCCGACAAGGCUGUUGAUGCACUGUGGUAGCAUGUGUUUGUCAAAAGACGACGGCAAAUGAAAAAUGCCAAGCACCAUCCUUCUCUUCUGUGUGUUUCACGUGACUGUUUCUACUGGGUGAAAAAAGAAUGUUUGCAGUAAGCAAAAAAGGAAGCCAUGCUAUGCGUAACCGUGCAGUUAAUUUGUUGAGUUGAGCUUAUUUGUCAUCAUGUCACACUGCUGUAGGACUAGGUUGACGACAUUGUGACUUAUUUGAUCAUUCAAUUACACAUUGCUCAUCUACAAUUAUGUGCCCACUUGUUUUCCAUGCUCAGCCCUCAUUUUCGAAACCUCCAUGAGCUUACUUCAAUGCUGAAUUCCACACAGCUUUAUUAUAUUUAACUCUGAGUUGCCAAAUUUUUGCUUGUACUGUAUAAUCUUCAAAAGGCACAAUGGAGGCGAUUAUCAUUAAGCUGUAUACGUCUGGUUCAUUACUGUGAUCCGCAACUUGAUAGCUCAGGAAAACUUACGGAAGUGUUUCACACGGAAGCCAUUGUGACACUGCACUCUGCGUGUCACCCAGAGUCGAGAGGACAUUGUAAAUGCUGUCUGGAGCACAUAAUUGCCUUCAUGUCUUGAAGCUGCAAAACGUGAUUGAUUGUGAAGAUAGCUGUGGCUUAUACAUGCUUCAUCUUGCCAAUUCCACGCACUGGUGCGAAAAAUAACAGGUCAUGUCAGUCGAAUAUGAGCGACAGGUGGGAGAAGGGCUUGUUGAAUGUCCGCCAAUGAUCCUCCCAUGUGCAAGUCAGCUGAAUAGAAUGAUUAAACAAAGAUUAUCGGCGCUCAUUGGGCAAGCCUUUCUGGGUUUGAGACAUUGCAGCAGAUUCUCAUGCUUCAUUGGCAGGUGUGAGCCAUGGCAUUUGUUGCUAGUGGGGAGACAAAAUGCAGAUAAUUUUGAUUGCAUUAGUAAACACAGUAUUCCUCUCUGACAUUUUGCCUGGUUUACUUUCUCUCAUUCUUAGUUUCUCUUUACUUCAGCAUACAGUUUUCUUCAUAAGUGAAACAACAUUUCUUGUUUUGUAUCUGCUAGAGAAACAAUAAUACUUCAGUCCGAUGUUUUGGUGUGUGUCAUGCAACCAUGCAGUCUUCGUUAGCAUUCCACUCUGCCAACAUAUCAGGUGAGGCGGCAUUCACGGGGCACUUUUUUCAGUGAGGUGAAAGGAUGGAGAGGUUGACGUGGUUAAAUUAGAAAGGCUUGCCUCUUAUGGUGGCCGGCCCAUUAGCUAACUGAGACAUUGAGGUUGAUUGUUUGCUUCUUGUGUAUAUAUAUUAGGUAUAGUUUAUUUGUAGGCAAAUAGGAAUUUAACUUCUUCAUGUAACGUCCAAUGCCUUUGCUUAAAAUGACCCUUUCAAAGGAGCGCAUUUAGUUUUUAGGAUUGUCAUUUUUGGAUUUUCUUUUUUCUUUCUGUUACUUGUGAAUUUUGAGCACCAUUUUCUGUUCUUUGUUUUGUUUUUACAGACACAUUAAGGGAAGGCGUGGCCACGAACAUCUUUUACUUCUCAGGAGGUGUAGACAGGUUGUCCAACUUUUCAUAGUUGCAUGGAAAGGCUGAUGUAACCAACUAGUGGAGCACAAUUAUGUGCCUCUUAAAAUGCUCUGCUUGCCUCCUUUUGUGUUCUUUUUUUCUUGACCUGUUGUCUGUAUGUGUUGCUUCUUAUUGCACACGUAUAAUUUGUUGCAGCCAUUCCUCUAGUCAGAAAUUUGUGCAGUUGCCAUAGCUUUGCCCAAGGCAUAAUGGAUCUUUUGUUUCGUGUGCACGUGUACAUAAGGGUAAAGAUAGUAAAAGACUGCUCUCUGCUGGUGCCUCGAUCAAGCUUAUGGUGUACUGUGUGUUUGUAGACAACAGAUUUCUGUGUGUUCAAGAAAGUUUUUUUUCCUUUUUCACACUUUUUACUAAAGUGCAGUGUGAACAUACGCACUCAUAACUGCGUGGCAGGUCGGCAAGUGCUAUACCUUGGGCUAGAUUGGUGCGUGUGUGUUCUUCUGGAAGGCAGAACAGUUUCGGCCUUUUAGCUGAGGUUGCUGUUUCUGAAGCCUUUUAACUAAACACUGUUCGGCUUAACUUUGCGCAUGGCUUGCCUUUUUACUCUAGUUGUCACAUGCUUUGGUUGACUAUGAGAUUCUUGUUAUUUAAGAGGAAUGCAUCUAUAAGUUAGGACCUGUUUUUAACACAUAGGUUUAUGUCAAAGAAUUUUUCUCUUGCAUAGUGUGAAAAAAAAAAAAAAUGUGCAAGGAAUAGCAGACACUCUAUAUACGUCUGCUGUGUUUGUCAGAUUUGUGCAUGGUGAUCCAUGAGCACUGCCUUGCAAUUCUUUUUUUUUAAAUCUGAAUAUACUAAGUCCUUCUCUUGCAUUGGCAUGCCUCACUCAGGUGCCAGUUUACGUUCAAUAGACUCCUUUUCUUUUAUUCAAUUCCAGAGGAAUGCUUAUUCUAGGCUUUCACAAGCAGAUGCUUCAGGCAGUAGUAACGAUCACUUAAGAAUUUUUUCUUCAGCAGCUGCAAAGACUGUUUGCCUUUGACUGAAUGCUUUUUUGUCAUGAAUACGAAACUUGACACCGUACAGCUUAGCUGACACAGUAUGAUUUCAUAUGUGGCUCGAUGCUCCAAUGUGCACUUGUAGACGACUUCUGGAAAAAAACAAAUACUACACAGCCAAUCUAUGAAGUUUAAUGUGUUGAAAGAAUGCGAAAGUGCAAAAAGAAAGCAUGACAUGGAACAUGAGGCCACGAUUGACUGAAAGACAUGCAUGACGUCGCAUGCCAUGUGUAAAUUUCAUAAACGUUUACAAUUUCUUUAGUUGAUUCUGCGCCAAGUAAAUCUUUCAUUUUGUGCUGUUAUGACCAGCGUAGCUGUACUAACAGGCACCUUUUAUAUAUAAUGUCACUUUUCUCUAGGUUUAGGAUUGCCGGACAAUAUUGCUAAUUGACUUUUUCAUUGAUUGUUGUUUUUUACUAACAUAAAGAAAGCCACUAUGUAAUUCUGGCAGAUCAAAAUAUGCUGUAUUGUCAUGCAUAUAAUGUGCGACUGCAGUUACAAGCCUCAGUAGAACCGAAAGAAGUCUGCAUACAACUUGCACAAGUAACUGAACAAAGUGGUAAUACUUUGUAAAUCUGUGCAGCACAAUUGUCGGUACAAAUUAAAGCUCCAAAACGAUCCUUAUUUUGUACACUAGCUGUCGCUGCUGCCCUUGUCAGGGUAUCAUAAAACUCAUGGUAGCGAGUUGUACAUAUGAAAAUACAGUAAUAGCUCUUGGUUGUUCAUUACUGUGUUUUGAUUACUCCUAGAGCGAGGACAGCCUUGAAUAAUUUACAAGUAAAAGGUGUCAGUAACAGCGAAAAGUUUGAGAGCCACUGUACUAGACUAACCAACUUGCCCAACUAUGUGUACUGACCUAGCUUACCAGUGCUAACCCAAUCUGGCUGCUGUAGCGGUAUUCACUUUAUUCUUGCAGUUAAUUUUGCUCCGUAGUUUGCCUCAUGGACCUUGUUCUUGCUACACAAGCAUUAGCUGCCAUAAACAAACUGCUGGAGUGAUGCGCAUUAUUUUUGUAAUAAUGGAACUCAAAUAGGAUGCCUGAAUUAUUGCUUGCUUGUGUUGAGCUGCUUGAAGUCAAUAAAAAGGAAACUGGA